AUAAAGAAAAUUUUGAACAGUAAUUUGAUUCAUUCGAUUCUGUGUCUUGACGGUGAAAACAUUUGCCAGUCGAUCCUACAGUAGAAAGUGAUUGUGAAAUAUAAAGUAAUUUAUUGGUUCAAGAUAAAAAAUAUAUUAAAGUUUUUGAUAUUUCUCGUUAGUUUGUAAAAAUGCAGAAUACUAGUAAAGAACUUAAGGGCAAUUUUUUUGUGGUGGAAAUUCAUUCGGAUCGUAAAUAUUGGCAUGUGGUUUCUAGAGAAUGGAUGGAAAAAAAUAACGUCCUCAUUGAUGGUUAUAUCUUCGAUGCAAAUUUGUAUAUUAAUAUCGACUUUAUAAAGUAUACUUGGUCUAGACGUUAUAAUGGUGCAUUGGGUUUUAUCCCGAAACCAAAAGAAUGGACGGGGUUCGAAACAGCUAAAGAAGCUGAGCAAGAAGCACGGUCUCGUAAUUUCAAGUUAAUCCUUGAAUACAAACGUACUGACGCGCUAAUAAAUGAAAGUUUUAAAUAUUCGACGUUGGAAUUUCAAGUGGAAUGUUUGAAAACGGAAUUACGAAUUAGAAAGGGUCUUGAAACUAUGUUGCCGAUCAGAACACUUACAGGUCUUGUAUAUUUGAACUCUUUACUGGAACGCUGUAAUCAGCCAACGAGUCUAGAUUGCAAUAUAUUGUUGGACACAUUAACCGAUAAAAACAAUGUAGUGGAAAGCUUAUAUAAAAUAUUAACUGCUUUUUUCACCGCCGACAGUAAAUUUCUUUGUAUAGAGAUCGAUUAUUACGGCAGAGAAAAACUCAAGAACUUAAGGAUACUUAACAAGAUUAAAAAUCACUUAGCUCCUCAUGAUAAAGAAUCAAAGAUUGAUGUUUUAAUGAAGCGCUGGUUUUUCAAGCGUAAUUACAAGAAUAAAAAUUAAUACGUCUCAUAAUUGUAAAUUCGUCGUAAACUAUAUAUUUUAUUAUUGUCUGUUUUUUUAAUAUUAUUUUAACUAUGCCCAACUUUGGUAACUGCAACAAAUUUAAUAUUUUCAUUUCAAUCGAAAAUCAAUAAUCCAUUUUUAUUUAUAUAUUUAUUAGCCAAAAAAGUAUUUUAUCGAAAAUGUUUAAUGACGUGAAAAUCAAAUUUAUUGUUAUUCAUAACACAAGACUAUAAUUUAUCAAUUAAUAAAAU